AUGCUGCAGGGUGCACGGGUGGGCGGUGCAGGGCGGGCAGGGCCCACCUCCUGCUUACUCUUGCCCUCCCUCCAGGCCCAGGGCCCCAGCCCGUGCCCAGCCCUGCUGGGAGCCCCGGCCAGCACCACGGACGGCACCCAGGAAGCCCGAGUCCCCCUGGACGGGGCCUUCUGGAUCCCGAGACCCCCAGCUGGGUCUCCCAAAGGCUGCUUCGCCUGCGUAUCCAAGCCCCCCACCCUGCAGGCUCCCGCGGCCCUGGCCCCCGAGCCCUUGGCCUCGCCCCCCAUGGCGCCCACUCUGUUCCCUAUGGAGUCCAAGAGCAGCAAGACAGACAGCGUGCGGGCCACGGGCGCCCCCCAGGCCUGCAAGCAUUUGGCCGAGAAGAAGACCAUGACGAACCCCACGACAGUCAUCGAGAUCUACCCCGACGCCACGGAGGUGAACGACUACUACCUGUGGUCCAUCUUCAACUUCGUCUACCUCAACUUCUGCUGCCUGGGCUUCAUCGCCCUGGCCUACUCCCUCAAAGUUCGCGACAAGAAGCUUCUCAAUGACCUGAAUGGGGCUGUGGAGGACGCCAAGACCGCCCGGCUGUUCAACAUCACCAGCUCCGCCCUGGCUGCCUCCUGCAUCAUUCUCCUCUUCAUCUUCCUGCGGUACCCACUCACUGACUACUGAGGCCC